CCAAUGACACAUCAGACAGUUUGGUCUGUAAUAAUUGCUCAAGCACGUUUCAUAACUUGUUGUUUAAGAAAAGACGCGUCCACCGAUUUUUUCACCAGAAGGAUCCAUAUCUUAUGCAGUUUCUGAUCGUUGAAGUUCUUCACCAUUAAAUGAUCGUCUAAGGAAUACUUCCUACCAGUGUUCCGCCUACACCAAUCUCAGGACCGGACCGUAUCCGCUGGCGGAGGACGGCCGGAUUUUAUAUAUCACCUACUUGUUUAUUACAUUAGUACAACUCAGCAAACUGGUUAGCGAUUAUGGAAUACAUAUCAUGUACGCGUGGUCUUGGAUUAGUAGUUUUCUUGGUCUCUCUGGCGCUGGCGCUAUUGGGAGUUCAUGCACAAGAUGCUUGCCUGUCUGAUCCCUGCAGUGGGUUAGGAAUCUGUUUCGAGCGGCCGGGAAACACGCCCAACUUCGCCUGUCAAUGUGAGGGGAUGCUCAUGGGGUACGACUGCUCAAUAACAUCAAAUCUUUUAAUAUUUCACGAAACUCCCAGCCGAUGUUUCGACUGGCCGAACACAUGCACUACAAAUUCCUUCCAGUCCCCUAACUAUCCCAACACUUACAAUUUUCGCUACAACACGUUCUACCAGUUGUACAUUCCAUCUGCUACCUCCAUCACGCUGACUUUCGAUAACUUCUUCCAAGUCGAGGAGAGCGAUAAAGAUGAUUUGUAUAUCGGCACCGGACUUGCCUUGCCAGAUGAUAUCUUUAGUUUUAAUGGCUCAACUGACGGGUUUCCUAGAAAGUUUGCAGGGAUGAUGGCUCCGCUACCGCAGACACUGGACUCCGAUACUAUUUGGAUAUUGUUUGCUACUGACAAGAACAUUGAGUUUGGAGGAUGGAGAGUUACUUGGACGGCGGCUAUCGAUCCAUGUGGAUGGGACCCAUGUCUAAAUGGUGGUACAUGUAUACCGAACUUUGCCUCCAACAGUUACACAUGUCAGUGUCAAUCUUGUUUCAGAGGGACACGAUGUGAUCGAUCUUUCGACCUGUGUGAUAAUGCGGAUCCAUGUCUGAAUGGUGGAACAUGCUUUCAGAGUAAUGACUGCGGAUCGACAUUCUGCCUCUGUACAGAAUGCUUCCUGGGUGAAACAUGCCAAGAACGAAAGAACCAGUGCAUGAACCCCGAUAAUCCCUGCUUGAAUGAUGGCGUGUGUAUCCUACAAGGCAUAGGGUGUGGAGCUGGAGACCUCAUCUGUCAAUGUUCAUCGUGCUUCCAAGGGCAGAUGUGUGAUCUACCUGUGGAUCUUUGCCAGACCAACAAUGUAUGCGAGAAUGGUGCUCAGUGUGUUAUGGACUCAGGAUGUUCAGAGACGUCGUGUUCUUGUGCUGGCUGCUACACUGGACCAACAUGUGGAAUAUUUCAAGAUGCGUGUGUGAGUUUCCCUUGUGUGAAUGGUGGAGUCUGCAAUGCUGUACAAGGCUCAUGUACUGACUAUACAUGCGAUUGUCAAGGGUGCUUUGCUGGCAGUAACUGUGAAACAAGUUUGAACCCAUGUAACCCCGAUCAAUGCGUGAAUGGUUUCUGUGUAUCAUCUGCUACUGAUCCAUGCAACCAAUAUGAGUGUGUAUGCAACUUCUGCUAUGAGGGAACCAACUGUGAUGUCGCCAAGAACCCAUGCAACGUGAACCCAUGUAACAAUGGCGGAGAAUGCGUUCAGGAUCCUAAUUUCUGUCCGAGUUACACCUGUACAUGUCCCCCUUGCUAUCAAGGUGUCAAUUGCGAAUUCAGAGUGGAUCAGUGCCGAACCAGUCCUUGUCAGAAUGGGGGUCUGUGUGCUGCUGAUGCUAAUAUAUGCACCGAUUAUACCUGUGAUUGCCCCGAGUGUUUCUAUGGUGACAACUGCGAAACUCGUGUGAACCAGUGUAUGCCUAAUCCAUGUGACAACAAUGGUUUCUGCUCGCCAGUGGGAUCUUCGUGCACUGACUAUCAAUGCACAUGUGUUAACUGCUUCACGGGAUCAACCUGUGAUAUACUGCAAGAUCCAUGUGAUAACAAUCCCUGUUUGAAUGGAGGAACAUGCACUGGGUUAUCCUGUACGGAUUAUAGCUGUACAUGUGACGGAUGCUAUGUGGGACAAAACUGCCAGCAAUUGAUGGACCCCUGCGACCCCACCCCAUGUCUAAAUAGCGGUAUAUGUCAACAAGUACAAGGAAGCUGUGACCUCUCAACCUGCGACUGUCAAGGCUGCUUUGAGGGAGAAUUCUGCCAAACAUUGAUCGACCCCUGCAGUCCCAACCCGUGCAGCUUUGGAGGAUCGUGUACACGGGAUCCAGUCAACUGUAAUGAAUUCACAUGCGUUUGUACUGGGUGUAAUGCUGGGCCUACCUGUGGUACAGUUUUGGAUCCUUGCUCUACCAGUCCAUGUGGUAACGGAGGUGUCUGUAGCCCUGACUCCUGUAGUGACUUCUCCUGUAGCUGCCCAACAUGUUUUGUAGGCACAACAUGUGAUAUCAGAAUUGACCCAUGUUCAUCUAAUCCAUGUGAGAAUAAUGGAGUAUGUACGUCAGUUCAAGGUUCUUGCACCAUCUUCCAAUGUGAAUGUAACGGCUGCUUCACUGGAGCUACUUGUGAUAUAUUGCAAAAUCCUUGCAACAACCACGCCUGUCAGAACAAUGCAGUAUGUGAACCCUCUGGUACGUCAUGCUCCGAGUAUAAUUGUGCCUGUGAUGGCUGCUUCACUGGACAGUUCUGUGAGACUCUGACUGAUCCAUGUAGGAGUUUCCCUUGUGAGUUUGGAGGACAAUGUAUCAGAGACCCUAAUGAUUGUAAUGCAUUCACUUGCUCAUGCCAAGGGUGCUUCUCUGGUGCGACAUGUGAUGUGGAUAUUGAUCCAUGCAGUCCGAGUCAAUGCCAGAAUGGUGCGUUCUGCUCACCAGUCACAUGCACUGAAUAUUCAUGUACUUGUGUCGGCUGCUACAAUGGAACCAACUGCCAGAAUGGGAUUGACCAAUGUCAGCCAAACCCAUGUGAGAAUCAAGGCAUCUGCAGUAAAGUUCAAGGGUCAUGCUCUGCGUUUACGUGUCAGUGUCAAGGCUGCUGGGCUGGACCCAGAUGUCAAAUCCCCCUUGAUCAGUGUGACCCUAAUCCCUGUUUCAACAAUGGACAGUGUAUACCUGAUGUCAACUCAUGUGCAGAUUUCUCCUGCCAAUGUGAUACAUGUCAUACUGGACGCUACUGUCAAACCGCUGUGGAUCCAUGUCAGAGUUCACCGUGUAUGGCCGGAGGUGUAUGCACAAUAUCUACUGACUGUUUGAACUAUCAAUGCUCUUGUGAAGGGUGCUUUGCUGGAGCCAUGUGCGAGACCGUGUUAGACCCAUGUGAUCCUACACCAUGCCAGAACAACGGUGUGUGCUCUAAACAGGGCGGGACAUCCUGCACUGAAGCAGUCUGUAUUUGUCAACCCUGCUUCAUGGGUGACAACUGUGAAAUAGUUCUGGAUGCUUGUAUUGAUAGCGGCAACCCAUGUUUAAACAACGGAGCCUGUAAUCUGAUUCCGGGAUCCUGCUCUCAGUUUACAUGCGCCUGUGAUGGUUGCUACACAGGAUCCAGAUGUGCCACAUUGUUGGAUCCAUGUGCAGGAAACCCUUGCUUGAAUGGUGGUCAGUGCCAAGCUACAUCAUGUACAACGUUUCAAUGUCAAUGUAGCGGUUGCUGGAUGGGAGAUAGAUGUAACGAGUUCAUCAGUCAAUGCGAGCCAAAUCCAUGCAGUAAUAACGGCUUCUGUCAGUCAGUCGCUGGUUCCUGCACAGAGUACACCUGUCAAUGUGCAUUGUGCUUCCAGGGAGCUACCUGUGAUAUACCGGUGGAUCCAUGCAUCAGUAACCCAUGUCAGAAUUUAGGAACGUGUAGUCAAGCUCCUAAUUCCUGUACUCAGUACAUCUGUACCUGUCCUAGUUGCUACAGAGGCACCAACUGUGAGAUAUAUCAAGACGCAUGUGACACUCACCAAUGUCAAAAUGGUGGUUCCUGCCAGCCGAGUCCCAAUGCAUGUGGGGUUUAUACAUGUGCCUGUCCUGAGUGCUACGCUGGGGAAUUCUGUGAAACAUAUCUGGAUCCGUGUGUGAGUUUUCCAUGUCGUUCAGGAGGAACCUGUAGUCAAGUUGCCAACACCUGCACAGCGUAUACGUGUGCCUGUCAAGACUGCUAUCAAGGACUCAAUUGUGAAACAUUUGUUGAUCAGUGCAGUCCCAAUCCAUGUCAGAAUAAUGGAUUCUGUAAUGCAGUAGCAGGGACCUGUGAUCAGUAUACGUGCCAGUGUCAACCGUGCUACACAGGAGAGACCUGUCAAACCAGGAAGGAUCAAUGUUCACCUAGUCCAUGUCAGAACCAAGGAACAUGUCAACCAGUAGGAUCAGUGUGUGAAGAUUUCAUCUGUCAAUGUCCGUCAUGUUAUAUCGGUCAACAAUGCGAGACACGUGUUGAUCAGUGUGCUCCUAAUCCAUGUCGUAAUGGAGGUAUGUGUGUACCAGAUCCUGGUUCCUGUGAAACGUUCACAUGUUCUUGCCCUGGAUGUUACAUUGGAUCAUUCUGUGAAUUCUUACAAGAUCCCUGCGCCAUACAACCCUGUCUGAAUGGAGGUGCCUGCUCUAGACUGGGUGGCACAUCGUGUACUGAGUUUGAAUGCAGCUGUCCAACGUGUUACAGAGGAGAUGUAUGCGAAGAUACUAUCAAUGCAUGUGAGCAGUCAGCAUGUCAGAAUAAUGCUCAGUGCGUGAACUCCAAUGAGAUCGGUAACUGUGUGGACUACACAUGCUCCUGCAGAGGCUGCUAUGCCGGCACUUUCUGUGAUAUACCUAUUGAUCCAUGUUUGACUGCGCCAUGUGAGAACGCUGGAAUAUGUUCCCUGGUAGCCGGCUCCUGUUCACAAUACACAUGUGACUGUCCAGGCUGCUAUUUCGGUAACCGGUGUCAAGUCUUGUUGAACCCGUGUGAGAUCAAUCGAUGUGCUAACGGUGGUACGUGUGUUUCCACUGGCUGUACUACGUUUGAAUGUCAAUGUCCGGAUUGCUUUAUAGGACUCAGCUGUGAAACAAGGAAGAACCUGUGUGAUCCAAACCCUUGUACUAACGGCGGUUUCUGUGUACCUGAUGAAAAUUCCUGUGAGAUCUACACAUGCCAAUGUACCGGCUGCUUCACUGGGGACCUCUGCCAGACCAAUAUUGAUCCGUGCCUGAACAAUCCAUGCUUAGCUGGAGGGGCUUGUACGCCGCUAAGCGGAGAUUGUUCCAGAUAUUCCUGUGAUUGUCCUACAUGCUUCCAGGGCUCCAAUUGUCAAGAUCGUGUUGAUUUGUGCCAGACAUCCAACUUUUGUCUGAACGGAGCAACCUGUAAUCAGCGGACAGACUGCACUGGUAUUUCAUGUACAUGCUCACCGUGUUAUUCUGGAGUCUUCUGUGAACAACGUAUCAACUACUGUGCUAAUACUCCAUGCAUGAAUGGUGGUGUUUGUUUGAAUGGUUGCCCUGGUUACACAUGUCAGUGUAGCUCAUGUUGGACUGGUCCAGACUGCACUAUACCUGUUGAAGCUUGUAGUGCACUGGCGUGUCAAAACGGUGGUGUCUGUGACGAGUACUGCUCGUUUGCAUCGUGUUCCUGCCCUACAUGCUACGUAGGAGUUCAAUGUGAAAUAAAAUUGAAUGCGUGUUCUGGUAACCCGUGCAUCAACGGAGGCCAAUGCAUUGAAUCGAAUGAUUGUACUUCAUAUACAUGCCAGUGUCAAAACUGUGUGGAGGGAAACAACUGUGAAACAAUCUUGAAUCCAUGUAGCAAUCGUCCCUGCCAGAACAGUGCCAUCUGUGAACCCGACGCUGACAUCUGCACACUCUAUACAUGUCAAUGCCAAGGAUGCUGGCAGGGGAGUCUAUGUGAACAAGAGAUUAACGCGUGUCAGCCUAACCCAUGUCUGAAUGGUGGUCAGUGUCUACGCAGUCAAGACUCGUGCACUGCAUUUGCUUGUGUGUGCAGUGGGUGCUACCAAGGAGAACGUUGCGAACAGUUGAUUGACCCAUGUUUAUCUAGUCCCUGUCUGAACGGUGGACUGUGUAACAGACAAACAGGGAGCUGUCAACUACACACUUGUGCAUGUCCUGCUUGCCACCAGGGCUUCAACUGCCAAACAUUGAUAGACCCGUGCGUCAACAGUCCCUGUCAGAAUGGUGGUGUCUGCCAACAAGUCGCCAAUUCUUGUACUGAGUUUACCUGCAUGUGCCCAGAGUGCUUCACGGGACCACAGUGUCGACAACCUAUCAAUCCAUGCGCCAGCUUCCCAUGUAGUAAUGGAGGUACUUGUAUCCAAUCUGCCUCGUCCUGUCUGGAUUAUACGUGCGUCUGUGUGGGCUGCUUCACUGGAGAUACAUGUGAUCAAUAUGUCCAUGUAUGUGACAAUUUACCAUGUCAGAAUGGUGGAUACUGUCUUCGUAAAGCUGGAUCUUGCUCCGAGUAUCUGUGUACCUGCAGUGGGUGCUAUUCAGGAACAAACUGCCUAACAUUGGUUGAUCCAUGUAGUAACAGCCCAUGUCUUUACAACGGUGUGUGCCUGCCAGAGAGUUGUACUGAAUACACCUGUUCCUGUCCAUCAUGUAGAGCUGGUACCAAUUGUGAAGUGGAGGUCGAUCUGUGCCGAACACAAAACUACUGUCUAAAUGGAGCAACUUGUUUCCAACAGAACGACUGUACUAGUAUCUUAUGUGUAUGUGACAACUGCCAUCUAGGACAAUCUUGCCAAGAGCGCAUUGACACAUGUCAACAGUUGAAUAAUCCGUGUCAGAACGGUGGAAUCUGCACAAGUGACUGCCCUGACUACACCUGUACUUGUCCAUCGUGCUGGACGGGACAAAACUGUGAUAUCCCUGUUGACCUGUGUGUGAGCAACCCAUGCCAGAACGGAGGACAGUGUGUUAACUACUGCUCCUAUUACAUCUGUGAAUGCUCCUCCUGCUGGAGUGGUGAUGCUUGUCAGUUGGCUGUUGAUCCAUGUUUCAACCAGCCAUGUCUGAAUGGUGGAGAGUGUCAGACGUCUUCAGAUUGCUUGUCGUACUCCUGUGCAUGUUCAAACUGCUUCACAGGAUCCAACUGCCAAACUUAUGACGAUCCAUGUAUACCCAGCCCGUGCCAGAAUAACGGAGUCUGUGCCCAGAAUCAAGCUUCCUGUUUAGACACCCUCUGCUUGUGCUCUGGCUGCUACUCAGGAGACAACUGUGAAUUACGUCUGGAUCCCUGUGUAUCUAACCCCUGUGGUAAUAAUGGUAUAUGCAGUGAGGUAUCUUGCUUUGAAUUCACAUGUACCUGCCUAGGAUGCUUUACUGGACCCUACUGUGAGACAGUGAUCAAUCCGUGUCUUAACAACCCAUGCGAGAAUAAUGGAGUCUGUUUUACGGGCACAUCUUCAUGUGAAAGCUACUUAUGUAACUGCCCUGAAUGUUACACAGGCAGAUUCUGCUCUCAACGUACCGAUCAGUGCUCGCCUAAUCCCUGCCAGAACAACGCUAUCUGUUACCCGUUUGAUGACAACUGUGUGGACUACUUGUGCGAGUGUGUGGGUUGCUUCACUGGAGGCGACUGCGAUAUUCUUAUUAAUCCAUGUGAUUCCAAUCCAUGUAAGAAUGGUGCCUUCUGCCAACCAGCGUUAACCAACUGUCAGAAUUAUCAAUGCUUCUGUAAUGGAUGUUGGACUGGCGAUACCUGUCAGGAAUUGAUUGAUCCAUGUGCCAAUAACCCAUGUAUGGCAGGUGGAACGUGUACUGCAACAUCUUGUACUGAGUUUCAAUGUGAAUGCCCACCCUGCACCCGCGGACCAACAUGUGCCGAAUUUGUGAAUCUUUGCCAUCCUGAUGUGAAUCCGUGUAGCAGCAGUGGUACAUGUUUCCAGAAUUCCCUAUGUACAUCCGUAUUCUGUGUGUGUGGGGAUUGUUUCAGGGGGAUGUUCUGUGAUGUCGCUGUUGACUACUGCGAGAAUCAUCAAUGUGUGAAUGGUGGUAUAUGUAAUAACGGAUGCCCAACGUAUAGCUGUACAUGCCCUGUGUGCUACACUGGAGACUUGUGUCAAAUACCGGUUGAUUUAUGUGUCAGCUCACCCUGCUUUAACGGAGGCACCUGUGUGAACCACUGUAACAAUUACAACUGCCAGUGUCCACCUUGCUUCUUUGGAUUCAACUGUGAACGAUAUGAAGGAGGAUGUACCAACAACCCAUGUGAGAAUGGUGGUGCAUGUUCUGAAGACCCCUUUGCAUGUAAUCAGUAUAUAUGUACGUGUCCAGAGUGCUGGACGGGACCAACAUGUUCACAACGUAAGAACCCAUGUUCUCAAAGUCCGUGUGCCAAUGGCGGUCAAUGCUUCGCUAGUGGAGUAUCUUGUGAGAGUUUUGUCUGCGAUUGUACAGGAUGCUGGACUGGAGACACAUGCCAAGACUAUAACAAUCCUUGUCAGAGUACACCUUGUAAGAAUGGUGGUGCAUGCGCAACUGAUAGUGUGUGCUCAGCAUAUUCCUGCGUAUGUGAUGGCUGCUUUACUGGUCUUCAAUGCGAAACGCCAAUCAGCGCUUGUAAAGUGAACCCAUGUUUGAACGGUGGAUUGUGUUACCAAGGCUCUGUGACAUGUAAUGCCUUCAUCUGUGAUUGUCCAGGAUGUUAUACCGGGAAAAACUGUGAAACUUUGCUGGAUCCAUGUGUUGGGAGCCCAUGUCAGAAUGGUGGUAAUUGUAUGGCGAUAGAUUGUACUCAAUUCACUUGCAGCUGUACUGGAUGCUGGAGUGGUCCGUUCUGCACUCAGUUGGUGAACCCCUGUGCAUCUGAUCCGUGCUUCAAUGGUGGUUUAUGCCAGCCAGUUGCUGGUUCAUGUGAUAGCUAUAUGUGUCAAUGUAGUGGUUGCUGGACCGGAAACAACUGUGUCGUCCCUAUUGAUCCCUGCCUAGCCAACCCAUGUAAUAAUGGAGCUACAUGUCGUACCAUCCCUCAGCAAGGUCGAUGCUAUACCUACAUAUGUGAAUGUGAUUCUUGCUUCAGUGGUACCACUUGUGAUCAAAUUGCCAAUCCCUGUUCCAGUAAUCCGUGUAAGAAUAGUGGAUUCUGUGAAGCCGCUAAUGUUAUUGGUGAUGUAUGUCCAAUAUAUACAUGUAUCUGUAGUUCAUGCUGGACGGGAGCCGACUGCUCACAGCCCGUCAAUCCCUGUAACAACAAUCCGUGCUCUAAUGGUGGUCAAUGCACAGAGUUGAUCAGCUCAACACCAGGCCAAUGUAACUCCUAUACAUGUCAGUGUAGUACAUGUUUUACUGGAUUUAACUGCUUUGAAUAUGUGAAUCCGUGCCGCAAUAAUCCAUGUAUUAAUGGAGGUACAUGUGCACAAGUGUCUGGUGACUGUACUCGUUAUAUAUGUCUUUGCCCAACCUGUCUGACGGGAGCCAACUGUGAACUGUCCUUGAAUCCUUGUACAACCCAACCCUGCUUUAAUGAAGGGACGUGUUUCAUCAGCGAUAACUUCUGUACAUCUCGUGUGUGUCAAUGCUCAGAAUGCUUUACUGGAGAAGACUGCAUCCAGCCUAUUAAUCCAUGCAGCCCUAAUCCAUGCCAGAAUGGUGGCUUUUGCUCAACUCAAGGUGGAUCCUGUCUGGAUUAUCAAUGUCAAUGUUUAGAUUGCUAUGAAGGACCAGAUUGCUCUAUACCCAAGAAUCCAUGCGCUGGUAAUCCGUGUCAAAAUGGUGGGCAGUGUUCACCAGCCCUCAUUGGUUCCCAGCAGGAUUGUACUGAGUUUACAUGUAGAUGUGAUGGAUGCUGGGUCGGUUCUCUGUGCACACAAGUGUUUGAGCCUUGCGCCGCCAAUCCAUGCCAGAACGGAGGUCAAUGCUUGACCGUUCCUAACAGCUGCUUCUCAUUCGAGUGUGUAUGUUCCGGAUGCUGGGUUGGAGCUACAUGUACUGCAGAGCUGAAUGUAUGUGAUCCUAAUCCGUGUGCAAACGGUGGCCAGUGUUCCUUACUACCGGGAAGCUGUACACAGUAUUCAUGCCAAUGUGAUGGAUGCUACACUGGACUCAACUGUGAGAUCGAGAGCAAUGGUUGUAGUGCUAACCCAUGUGAGAAUGGUGGUACAUGCACACCGAGUGCCAAUGACUGCAGUGGGUUCACCUGCCAAUGUGAACUAUGUUAUAACCAACCGACAUGUACUACACGUUUCGAUCCAUGCCAGGCCGCUGAUGAGCUAUGUAACAACAAUGGACUCUGUGUACCAGAUAGCGUCAGCUGCUACCUGUUUUCAUGUCUGUGUAAUGAGUGCAGAUAUGGUGUGCAGUGUCAGGAUUCUUCUGAUGUAUGUGACAUGAUGAAUCCGUGUAGUAACGGAGGUAUAUGUAGUCACAUUCCUGGUGAUUGUGACAGAUACGUCUGCACAUGUUCAAACUGUAGAACUGGUGAUAAUUGUGAAAUUGUGUCAGAUGCAUGUACCGUCAACCCGUGUGAGAAUGGAGGUGUAUGUGUGCCAGAUGCUAACGAUUGUACAGCGUUUACAUGUCAAUGCUCAGGCUGCUGGACCGAAUCUACAUGCACAGAGUCAUCUGCAUUUUGUGACCAAGCCAACCCUUGCCUGCAAGGGGGUACCUGCCUAACCAGUGCAACUGACUGCAAUCGCUUUGUAUGCGAAUGCCCAGUGUGUUACAAUGGAAUGAUAUGUAAUACAGUUCAAGAUGUGUGUGCACUGAACACCAAUCCGUGUAAUAAUCGUGGUCUAUGCAUCAGUGAAUGUCCUAAUGCGUUUGAGUAUCGUUGCGCAUGCAAUUCUUGCUGGACAGGCAAAAACUGCUUAACGCCGGUUGACAGGUGCACAUCCAACCCAUGUAACAACAAUGGAAUAUGUGAGAAUCUAUGCACAACUUACACAUGUAGUUGUUUGGACGGGUAUUCAGGGAGCAACUGUGAGCAAGAUGUAUGUAGUCCUGAUCCAUGUAGUAACAGUGGAACGUGUGUCCGGUUAGCGUCUGGUUUUAGGUGUGAAUGUGACCAAUGUCACGCUGGAUUGUUCUGCCAAAUCGAUGUGGAUCUGUGUAGCAGUUUCCCCUGUCAGAAUGGUGGUUCAUGUGAAAACAUGUGUUCCCAUUAUACCUGUGAUUGUCCGCCGGGCUAUGAGGGUGUUGAUUGCAGUAAACGUAUCAACUAUUGUCUAAGUGGUCCAUGUCUGAAUGGUGGGACAUGUGUCAACGGUGUUGGUUCCUUCACUUGCGCCUGUCGUACAGGCUACACUGGUACUAUGUGUGAAACAGAUGUCAAUGAGUGUGAAUUGAAACCUUGUUUGAAUGGCGGAACAUGUCAACAGCUUCCUACCAGUGGAUAUCUGUGCAGCUGUAUCAAAGAUUUCAUCGGUACUAACUGUGAAACAUCCAUUGGAUGCAUCGUCAACUACACUCUUCCAAACGAUGGUCUCAUCACAAUCUCCUCACCAAACUACCCCGAGAAUUACGAGAACGAUCUUAACUGUCGUUGGAUCGUGGACAUCUCUCUCGGUCGUCGCCUCCGUGUCGUCUUCAUCAACUUCACGACUGAGCUUAAUUAUGAUUGGCUAGAGGCUGGCAACGGUCGAGACCCCGCUGUUGUAGAUAACCGAAUCAUCAGGCACUCUGGAGUCGUCGUUCCAAGUAACUUCAUCACACAAAGCAAUCAGCUCUGGAUCACGUUCACUACCGAUGACAGCAAGACGGUUGCUGGGUUUCAGAUCGAGAUCAAAGAUAAUGACUUAAUAUCCGAUGAACCAUGUGCCAGUGAUCCCUGUAUGAAUGAAGGUACUUGUCAAGACACCAUUGAAAGCUUUGUAUGUGUUUGUCCAUUCGGAUGGGGAGGCCCACUCUGUGAGAAGCAAAGCUUCUGUAAUCCAAACCCAUGUCUUAAUGGUGGAACCUGCAGCCAGUUAUCCGAUGGUACAAUCUCAUGUAUGUGUGUAGACAACUUCAUCGGUGACCGCUGUGAAACAUUGGUAACUGAAGUAUGCCUGGGCGAUACAUGCUACAAUGGAGGCCAGUGUCUUGCUGUUGGAGGUGUCAUUACAUGUAACUGCACCAGUGGUUAUAUGGGAACCCUAUGUGAAACUGAUGUGGAUGAGUGUGCUUCCAAUCCAUGUUUAAAUGGUGGUGUAUGUAUCAAUGGCAUCAAUCAGUUCUACUGUAGCUGUUCUAAUGCGUUCGCUGGAGACAUAUGUGAAACACCAGUUGCCUGUGUAGACAAGCCCUGUUUUCAUGGCGGUGUAUGUAUACCACUGGAUGACGGUACAUUUGUAUGUCAGUGUGUGCCAGGCUACGUUGGCGAUCAAUGUGAAACAGACCAGAAUGAAUGUGCAAGCUCACCAUGUAUCAACAAAGGCACAUGUAUUGAUAAGCUGAAUGAGUAUGAAUGUCUGUGUGAAGAUGGCUUCAUGGGUGACAACUGUCAAUUCAGACCCGGACAAGGUUGUACAUCCAACCCAUGUAAGAAUGGAGCAACAUGUAAUGAUACAGGGGCUGGUGACUAUGCAUGUACAUGUACACCAGGCUACUCAGGAAACACAUGUGAUAUUAAUGUGAAUGAAUGCCAGAGUAACCCAUGUAGGAAUGGAGGUUCCUGUACUGAUCUAGUGGGCAGUUUCCAAUGUGCUUGCCAGUCUGGAUACACUGGAUUCGACUGCAGUCUAGAUAUUGAUGAAUGUAUAAGCAGCCCAUGCUUGAACUCUGGAGUUUGUUCUAAUAAUAUUGACUAUUAUAAGUGCAUCUGCAAGACUGGUUACUCAGGAACUAACUGUGAAAACGAACCCAACAAUAACCCGAAUCUGCCGGAUGAAGGAGGUUUGAACACGUUUCCAUUGGAGCCCUGGUGGAUUGGAGUAAUAUGUGCUCUCAUCAUUCUUAUCAUUAUCUUCAUUGUUAUACUCUUAUGCACCUAUAGAAGGAAUAAGAAGCCAUUUGAGACGGUCUACACCAAGCCAGCUCCCCCUCCAAAGUCAAAAUUCAUCUCGCCAUACAAGAGAUGAGAUCCUCAAAGCACUAAGAUUUCUUUAUAAAUGACAACCAAAACACUAUUUUUAUGUACAAUAACCGAUUCGGAUUCAAAGUCACCAAGAAAACGACUCUGUUUUUGUUUUUCUUUUUAUAGCAAUUGUCAUGUUUUUUUUUUUUACAAAUACAUGUUUAUUUGUGGUUUUUAUGUAAGACCUUUUAAUCUUGCUAGAAUUUUAAAUAUCUGCAAGUUACAUAUACUUUUACUUGUCACUUUAUUGUACAUUUUCAUUGUAGAUUUUGUAUUUUUAAUGGUUGAGAGCAUUAUCUUGUGAUUUUUACUGCCUCUACAAACUAGGAAGUCAAUGUAGACCCUUAGCGACUAUUGUAUACAUGGUACUCGUUUGUAGUGUACAGGUUUCUUGAGUUGUGCAGAAACUGUUAACAUGGGGAUUGUGUUAUCAAAACUACACUAGCCUUCCCCUCGACAUGCAGAGCUUCCACAUUUACAUCUUGCAGUCAGGGAGAUGUUGUACAAGAGUCGGUGAGAUAUUUAGAUUUACGCUUAACACAACAAAGAGAAGAAGUUUUCAUAAUCAGGGAGAUUGUAAAAAAAAAUAUUAUAUUAAAACAUGAAAAGACUGCCAGACACACCAGAGCGAACCCUGUCUCCUUGCGAUAAGUGUGUUCUGUGGUCUUUUAUACGUGCAUUGAAUGUACACACAGGACCUACGACUUCAAGUCGCAUCCUGGACAAAGCAAUAAUGGUGUAGUGUCUUGCUCUAGGAUACAAGUGUUAUGACUUGGACUCAAAUAUCUGCAGAAUCGGGGAGAGUUUGCAGCUCUGGUGCAUGUUAGUUUCCUAAAAGGAGGCCGAGGAUGAAAAGGGGCAUUGUUCCAACUCGGGGAUUUGUCCAGAAUUCUGGUUUGAUUGAACUGCUCAAAGUAAUUGGUUUUUGUUACGACAGUUGACGUCACAGAAUGUUAAGUCAGCCAUUUUUGCGGGCACCAAGUUUUAUCAACUCCUUGCAUGGUUGAUCUGUGAUCCACUUGGUUGCAUAGAUUAAUGCUUGAUGCAGAUCAAAUCCAAAGCUAUAUUGGGAACUAUACAUGAUGUUUAUUGUUUAUUGUUUAUUGUUAGGGUAUUUUGUCAAAUUGAUUAUGUAUACGCUGUACACAUGGCAGAAGCUGCUAUUAUAGGGGUUUAUCUACACGAGUUGAUUUAGGCAGUUUAAACUUACAUGUAAAUCAUGAUUUUGUUUUUAAUGUCAUUUCAAGCAAUUUUUUUUAUUUAUAUUAUAAUGUUGUUACCGACCGACCUUUUAUCCAACAACUAUGCAUUUUUACAAAUAGACAUGUAGAAAGAUUUACAGAUGUUUCUGUGAAAUCCCUGAACUGUUCUUUAUAUUAGCUUGUAGUGAUGUUUUGAUAUGUUGUGAGGCUUUGAUUAGAGCACAGCAUCCUAUCAAACACAGCAACGGACAUGACUUUGGACUCUGGUUCAAGCAAAUCAGCAAUGUUUGUUAAGACAAAGGCAAACUGUCAAGAUCUCUAAAUCUAUUGUUAAAUUACUUUGGUUGCAGCUGUCGCCAUGUUUGUAAGAGAAGGGGCAGUCUGCCAAUAUCUCAAUUUUUACUGCUAACACUGUCAGCACAAAUACUGGGCAAUAAAUGAAGCUCACUACCCGACUAGUUCGCUUCAAUUAGUCACAACUUAGUCACUAGUCGCCCAGGCCUAGUCAGCACUAUCUAAACCUUAUUACCAUAGCCAUGUCACAUCAAUGAUCACACGUUUCAAAAUGUAAACUUGUUCAACUCCAGCAAAGUAACGCUUAUCAUACAAUCAAACAACAAAAUGUGUAGGUUGAACAUCAGUAUUUUAUUCAGAAUUAUACAUGAAAUUAAAAAGUUAAAGUACUGUUUCUUCUGUCUUAGAAAUGAAGAGAAUGUUUUAAAGAACUAAAGAAGAACAUGAAGUAUUACACAGAUCAGAUCUACAAAUACACAUAAUAUCUAGAACAACAAAAAUAUUAUGUAAAUAAUAGAGAUUUUUAAAACCAAGUAUUUUAAUGCACAGGAACUGCUGUUUUAGGUAAUAUUAUAGUAGUGUUCUGUUGACCUAAACACUUUUUGAAAUAUCACUGUUGUACCUCAACUUAAAUGUUUCUAGAGAAUGAACAUUUAUUUCUUGACUUUUACCAACAGCUCCUGUGCCUUACAAACUUCCAUCCAAACUUAACAAACUUAAAUCCUUAUCCUCAGUUAGUUUGUAUAUCAUAUUGUAGUAUAAAAGAUAUUGUAAAGAAAUGCUUAAGUAAGUGUUUAGUAUCAAGUAUUGGUUAUACACUCAGCAGGUAUAUUGCUUGUACGAUUUAUUGUUCGUCUCUCGUUCCAUACGUUCUUUUUCACCAAUGUCUUUCAACUAGUAGAUGUCACAAGCUCAACUAGCAGUGUAGCACCCUCGGGUCAAACCAAAGACAUUAACAGUUGAGCAAGCCCUUGUAUAAACGGGGCCAGAUUUCAUAGCGCUGCUUAACAGUAAGCAAAUAUUCGUGCUUAUUGUAGCAGAAAAAUUUGCUAAAGUGCAAGCGUA